AUGGAAGAUACCAUGAAGGCAUGGCAGCAAAAUGCCCCCGGUCCCGUUGAGAAGAAUCUCAAGCUCGUCGACAACGUUCCGAGUCCCAAUACAGCUCUCAAAAAGGGCGAGAUCCUCGUCCGCGUCGUCAGUGCUUGUCUCAACCCAGCAGACUAUAAAGUCAUGGAAAUGGGAUUUCUCGCUCGUGCCACCGUCAAAUUCCCCAAAGUCAUGGGUAUGGAUCUCAGUGGUACUGUCACGGCGGUGGCCGAGGGUUCGACGGAUGUCAAAGUCGGCGACAACAUCCUUGGCCGCGUCGAUCCAAUGAAGUCCCACGGCUCUCUAUCCCAAUACCUAGUCUUGUCACGAGAGGAAUACGCUGUGAUCCCCAAAGAAGUGGAUCUUGAUCAUGCUGCUGGUGUCCCCACCGCUGGUAUGACAGCUUACCAAAGCAUAAAGCCCUACGUCAAAGCAGGCGAUCGUAUCUUCAUCAACGGCGGCUCCGGGGAACGGGAUCUUUCGGCCCUCGGGUGCCACGUCACGACAUCCUGCUCAACAGCCAAAGUCGAUCUAGUGAAGAAGCUAGGCGCCGAUGCAGUCAUCGACUACCGCGUCGAGAAUAUUGUUACUGAACUGAAAGCCGAAGGCCAAGUCUACGAUCUGGUGGUGGACAACGUUGGUAACUCGCCAAAGGACUUUUUCACCACGACGCCUGGAUUUUUGAGGUCAGAGGGCCACUAUAUUGCUGUCGGUGGCUCCCCGUCACUCCAGACGGUUCAGAAUAUGACCAAAGGUCUGCUGUGGCCAAGCUUCCUGGGUGGCACGCCACGCAAAUUCGUGCCGUACUUCACCAAGAAUGUACGCGAGGAUUAUGAGCAGCUAGCGAAUUGGCUCGCUGAUGGGACCAUCACAACGACCAUCGAUUCAACCUUCGAAUUUGAGCAGGUCAUUGGGGCCUUGGAACAUCUCAAGAAAGGCUCUAGCACGGGAAAGGUCAUUGUGCACGUCUCCCCCAAGGAAUGA